GGCUGGGAGAUUGUCCUGAUGGCACCAGUGAGGCCAGUGGGGAGCCCACCCUGCAGCCCCCCAGCAGUGCCACAGCAGUGCCAUGGGGACGUGGCAUCCAUGGAAUCCAUCCAGAUGUGACCCAGAUGGGGACAGACACGGUGUCCCCUUGGUCUCCACUCCAGGAGGGGACAGAGGUGCUGGAAGGAGCCUUUGCCAGAAUCAACAGCACCCAAAGCAAAGGUCCAAGCACCCUGUGCCAAGUGCCCCCUAGGCAGCUCCCGCUCCCAGGAGGGGUGGGAAUUCCUAACAGUCUCUUCCCUUACCUUGAAAAGAGUUAAUGUUUAAUUCCCAGUCCCAUGGCCCAUUCCCAGCCAGUGCCACCUCUGUGGGGACUGGUGCUCUUCCCCAAGGAAACAACAGGAACAGAGGAAACAGCCUCAAGCUGUGUCAGGAGAGGUUUAGAUUGGGGAUUAAGGAAAAUCUCACCAUGGAAAGAGUGGCCAAGCCUGGAAUGGGUUGCUCAGGGCAGUGGUGGAGUCACCACCCCUGGAAGUGUUCAAAAACAUCUGGAUGUGGCAGCUGGGGACGUGGUUUAGUGGUGGCCUUGGCUGUGCUGGGUGGAUGGUUGGGCUCAGUGAUGGAGGUUUUUCUAAUUUCCUCCAUGAUUCCAUGAUUAAUUCCAUGAUUAAUUCCAUGAGCCACGCUCAGGUGCUGCUGCACAAACUCUUGGGGGGUCCUGGCUUGGCCCGGCCGUUGUCACCUCCAGGUCAGGUCACCAGGUGCCACGUUCGCCCCAACGGCCACGGGGUCAGAGGCCCCAGGAGCCAUGUGUGCACCUGGUGCCGGGCCCAGGGGGACCUUGGGGGGUAUUUUGGUCAGGUCAGUGCCUGGGCUUUGCUUUCUGGGAACCGCUUAAUCAACAACACAAUUAUGCAAUGGGUGCAAGAGCCGCCGCGGCUCCGCGCUCACCCCUGCCCCAGAUCCGGGGGCCGGAGCGUGCCGGGGGGCACGAGCCCACAGGGGCUGCCAUGGGAUGCUCUUGCUGAGCUGGAGGUGCCAUGGGGGAUCACGGGGUGCUGCCCCACGCAGAGGGAUCCAGGCAGAUCCAACAGGGUUAAUCCCUUUGGGGAGCUCACAGCUAGGGUGGCUGUUCUGGAGAGUGCCUCUUCUGUUUUCCCACACUUUGUCUCCUGUUUCUGCUGUGCCACAGCUCCAUCCCUGGCUCUGGGGGCUGGCAGGGAUGGGGGAAUGCAGCACAGCUGGGGAUGGGAUGCUCUUACCAAGCUGGAGGUGCUCUGGGGGUUCAUGGGUUGCUGCCCCAUGCAGAGAGAUCCAGACAGGUUCAGCAGGGUUAAUCCAUUUGGGGAGACCCUGCUCACAGCCAGGGGGGCUGUUCUGGAGAGUGUUCAUCUGAGAGAUGAGAGAGUUCUCAACUGUUUUCCCACAUUUUGUCUCCUGUUUCUGCUGUGCCACAGCUCCAUCCCUGGCUCUGGGAGCUGGCAGGGAUGGAGGGGUACAGCACAGCAGGGAAUGUGUGUGUGGGGCACAAGGAGCCUGUCCAACAUGGAGCAGGUGUCCAGAUAUUUGAGAGGGGGCCUGAACAUGUGUGAGUGGGCACCAUAGAAUCCAGGAUGGUUUGGGUUGGAAGGGACCUUAAAGCCAUUCCAGUUCCACCCCUGCCAAGGGCAAGAACACCUUCCACCAUCCCAGGUUGCUCCAAGCCCUGUCCAGCAUGGCCUUGAACACUUCAGGGAUGGGGAGGCUUCUCUGAGCAACCUCUGUCAGUGCCUCCCCAACCUCACAGCGAGGAACUGCUUCCCCUAAUCCCACCCAACUCCAUCCUCUGUCUGUGGGCAGACAUCACCCCUGCUCCUGUCACUCCAGCUGCUUUAAGAAGUCGCUCUCCAUGUGGAGAGAGCCUUGAGCACGUGUGCCCUGUGCCUGGCUGGAGGUGCCACCUGCCCCAUCCCUCUCCUGCCAGGGCUCCCAGGCCCGGUGGGAUCUGUGCUCCCGGGCCAGCCUGUGCCCCCUGGCUCCUCUCUGUUGACAUUCCAGGGCUAUUCUGGGAGCUGCCAGCCAGCUGAGCCCUUUGCCCCUUGCUCUGAGGUUGCAUCACCUCCGGUGGGUGCAUUUUCCCAGACUCUGUUUACAUGGCACCUCUGGCUUGCCCAGGGCCAGGGGCUCCGUGUGGUCAAGACCUUGGAGCUGGUGCACGGCGCGGUGGGCACAGGACAUGCCGGAGCACUGGCCUGGCAGGGCUUCAAGUUCCCUGGCUUCCCUGCUCCAGCUGGGGGCUCUGCCAAUCCCCCGACACCGUGGUGGCAUCUUGCAUCACUUUUGUCAGGUUUCUGCCAGCCCCUGCCCUGCCUCAGCCCGCACAUCCCUCUCCAAAGAGUCUGAGAGACAUCUUCAGCUGGAUGUGACACUGGCUGCCACCUCCUGAGCCCUCAGGACACACAAAUCCCCUUUUUUAUUUUGUGAGGAGGAGGGAACACGGUCCAUGCAUUCUCUGGUCCUUCCCAGCUCUGCCCCAGGUGGUCCGAGGGGUGGGCUCAGACCCCCAAAAGCUGCUGGGAGUGACAAAAGCCCAGAGAUGUGACAGUCCCCUGAUCCCUGCUGGGUCCUCUGUCAGCACCCAGCGGGACUGUCCCUGCCAGGAAGGCUCGAGGGUGCCCGAGGGGCAGCGCCCAGGCUGGGGGCAACUCUGCGGCAUCCAGGGAUGGGCAGCCGAGCCGGGAUCCCUCCGGCUGCCUCUGCUGGCCAGGAAUUGCCGCAGCCCUCACUCCCUGAAGGUUUUGGAGGAUCCCGCUGCCCUUUGUGGGGCUGGCCGGGGUUUCUCUUCCCCGUGGGCAGAUGCCAGGGUGCCCUGCAGGCAGAGCCCCUCGCCCACAGCUCUGCACAUCCGCUGUGUGCACACACCCCCCGUACGACCCCGCACCCCUCCCUCGUGUUCAACCCCCGCGGGCCCCGGUGCUCGGUGCCCCCUGGCACUGCCCCCGCCGUGCCCCGCCGGUUGGCGAGGACCGGGAACGGGCGAGGAUGGGGGGCUGCUCACUGCCCCCUCCGCGGGGAGGCGGGGGUGGGGUGCUAAUCCCGGUAAUCCCCGACGGGACGGGACAGGCAGGUGCG